UCCUUGGUACACUCGUACGCAAUUGGAAACAACCAAAAAUGGCUGCUCACACGCUCUCGAAGCUCCCAACAACAUCUUCGACAUCAGCAUCCUUAUUCUCCAACUCCAAUACCAGAAGAAGACGACCACAAAGCCUACCUCUCCCAUGGCUAGGCACCAACAACGUCUCGCUUCGGUACUCAAACCUCAGACCCCACGAACAGUCAAAGCACCGACCCAUCGCCGCCUCGGUGUUGUCCAGCCUCCCCACUGCGAACCCAGAGAGACUUUCCUCAGCUGAGAAAGUUCCCAAAUGGUCUAGGAAGGCAAUCAAGUCAUUUGCUAUGGGGGAAUUGGAAGCGAGGAAGCUCAAGUAUCCAACUACUGGGACUGAAGCCCUUCUCAUGGGGAUUCUCAUUGAGGGCACUAGUCUGGCUUCAAAGUUUUUGCGGGCGAAUGGAAUUACACUUUUCAAGGUGCGUGAUGAAACUAUCAAGUUACUUGGGAAAGCCGAGAUGUAUUUUUUUAGUCCUGAGCAUCCUCCCCUGACUGAAGCAGCUCAAAGGGCCCUUGACUGGGCUGUUGAUCAGAAACUAAAAGCUGGUGAUGGUGGGGAAAUUUUAACAUCUCAUCUGCUUCUUGGCAUAUGGUCUGAAGCAGGAUCGCCAGGUCAUAAGAUAAUGGCUACCCUUGGUUUUAAUGAUGAGAAAGCCAAAGAGCUGGAGUCUUUAAGUUCUGAAUCUGGAAUGUAGAUGAUUGAAGCAUUCAUUCGAUUCCUAUGGUUACCAUUAGUGUAAUUCUUUUCGUCAGCUGUGGAUAAAUGAUGCUGUCUCUGCUUUCCUUCGAAGUUACAAGUUGUCUCAUGAAUUCAUCCUUUAGGACUUUGCAGAUUGCUUCCCUUUUGAGCUUGCCUAUGUAACUUUUUCUCCAUAUGGAUUAGUAUUUUGAGCAAAUAAUGUUUUGGAGCUCAUCUUUGGCAGCUAGUUUAAUGUCAUGACAAUCGUUUAACUU